AUUUAUAUCUUAAGGCCUGUUCACACCAAGACAAAGUUUGUUGCAAAAAUUCGGUGUGAUAAACAUUUUAAUUUAAAUGUACGGCUGUUAAUGCAUUUGUUCAGACCAACACAAACAUUCACAUGCCAUAAAAGUGACAGAUUUCUUUAAGGGUUUGUCAGACUACACUUUUUGUUCCAUUGACUUCCAUUCAUAUCAUGCAUGUGAAUGUGGGAGAUAGGAAAUGCAAGCUCGUGAAUUUUGCUAAGGUCCAAAAUUUAAGUUUGGUGAACUCUGUGAAUUCGUAUCAUGUGAAGACGUGAGACCAUUACAAGUAUGAUACAUCAUGGUGUGACCUCUUAGUUGAAUUAAAAGAAUGCAAACUUUAAAUCUGCAGGAUUACAGUGUUGCAGUAAAGUGGAGUAGAUUGUGUAUUUUUUAAAAUUUUGGAUGUAUUACAUAUUUUAAAAAAACCAAAAAAACCAAAAAAAAAAAAAAAAAAAAAAAGUACAGUGUGACGUCAUAUUACGACUGUUGCAAUGUCAGUAGAAAUAAAUAACGCAUGCUCAAAGUCUAGUAUGAACGUGGCUUUACAAACUGUGUUCCUAUUCAGAGGCUGCAAGACCGAAUGGAGUAAAGAAGGCUGUCCCAUUUCGAAGGCUCCAUCAAAUGUGGCCUCGAAAUGAGUCCUUUGUUUCCUGGGCCACAAAGGAUACAAGGAAUCCCAAGAUUCAUUGCACUCAGGAGAUCCAAUAAAUGAAGUGCACUCUCCUGACAAAUCCCUAAUAAUGGGAUUCCUGACAAACGAACCAGGUGAACUCAAAAUUGACACAAGUGAUUUGAUUGUGCAAGGUCUGCAAAAGGAACAGGACAAAGCCUCAAAGAAAGACGCCAAAAAGAAGAGGAGAAGGAGAAAGGAUGAAGCCCAACCAGGAGAGGAUCAUCUCUAAAGGAAGAGAGAUGAUGCGAUUAAUUAGACUAGAUUAAUGAAAAUUGUAAAAGAAAUGAUUGUACAAAAUUGGUUUGAGUUUGAGUUGGAAACUUUGACAGUUUGACGCUCUGACCACAGAGGAGCCUCAGCGCUGCCUGUAAGUAAAAAUAAGUAUAGGAACAACAGACAUCCUGAAAAGAGGCAUGGGGGCAACAGGUGUCUCUUGUUGCAGUUAGUAAAAUCAGAUGUAGAAGUAGAGCAAAAUUCAUGUAUCUCUUGCUUUGUAUGUAUCUUACGCUUUGGAACAAAAACUUGCUGCAGAACAACGGAAAGAAAUGGACUAAGAUGAAUUUAUCUAAAGGGUAACAGGAAUCUGGGGGUGUUAGGCUUGACUUCUAUGUCCAAAUAAGGCAAUUCUGUGCUAAGGGAAAACUCUGUAAACCAUGCAAGCUAUAAAUUGUGAAGCUUCUAACAGAACGAUGCUGAACCUCGUGCUAAAGACUUUUCGCUUGAUAUGUUGAUUUUUUUAUUCGGAACUUUAUUAAAACAAAGCCAUUAUAUGUGGCGAUGCGUAAUCCUCUGUAAACAAGUCUCAGAGUAAUUUUUUUCUUCAUAUUUUAUUAUCUGAACCUGAAUAUUAAUUCCAUUAGUUCCAAGAGCAUCCGGAGCAGAACUGAGCUUGGCACGGACUCCCCCUUGAAAUUUCUAACCAAUGGACAGCGCUCUCAAUCUGAAGAUCUCAGUGGUUUGAUCAUGACAAUAGUGGUUCUGCGUUUGCAAGGUUUAAACACAGAAGCAGGAUCUGAAGAUAUUCGCAGAUUUUUCCAUGGCUUGCACAUACCUGAGGGUGGUGUUCAUAUCAUUGGUGGUGAGAUGGGUGAAGCUUUCAUUAUUUUUAAUACGGAGCGAGAAGGCCAAAUAGCCAUGCGCUACUCUGGAAAACAACUCAGAGGCUCAUCUAUUUCAUUACAUAUCAGCAGUCUGGCUGAGUUAAAGAGGAAAAUGGAGUUGAGAUUAAGGAAACCAAAGUCCACAGUAGAGGCUAAAAUAGUGCCAUCAUCGCCACCUGACACCAAUGCAGCUCUUUUGCUUAGUCUAAUGGCUGCCAUUCACGGACCGCAUUCAGACAACAUAGUGAAUCGCCAAAGUCCAAUCCACCAAACGCCUGAAGAUGUCAACCAAAAUGUUCCAAAAAUGCACAACCAUUCCUCAACUGACAACCAAAUAAAUACAGAUGCUCAGCAUAGUCUUACUUAUGACUUGGCAUCUAAGGAGCAGAAAAGCAGAGGAGAAAACCUCAAUGCCUGUAAGCCAGGCUACCUUCGGCUUUAUGGAUUUCCUGAGUCUGUGGCCAAACAAGAGAUUUACCACUUCCUACGGGGACUCUCAGUGUUGGAGGUCAUUACGAAAGUUCGACUGCAACUGGGCUGGUGCUGUCUGGCAAAGCUGGCAAGUUUUGCAGAUGCCGAGGAAGGGUUGAAAUACAGCCACAGAAAAUUCAAAGAAUUCAACGUUGAGGUCAGGCUUGCUCAUGAGAAGAUGUGGACAGAUGCUGUGGAGCAGUCCAAAAAUUGCAUGCAAAACAUCAAACCUCACAGUUUCUCGGAGCAAAAGGAGGUCAACACAGAUAGAAAUGCAAUUAGAGGUUUCUUAACCAAAAGAAGUGCAGAAGAACAGCCAUCACCAGGAUCUCCUAAAAAAUUCUGCCGAAACUUUACAUCCCCUCAAACUGAACAUUCUGUUAUUGUCAAUAAUCUUUCAAGGAAUAUAACCAAGACUGAGAUCAAGGAGAUUUUCGGCUGUCGUGCAAUCCCAAACCAUAGAAUUAAACAUUUAUUAAACAAGUGGGGAGAGAGGACAAGCACUGCAUUCAUUACCUUUGAUCAUGCAGAAGAUUACGCCUCAGCUCUGAAGAUGAAUGGUACUGCUGUUGGCUUAAAAACCAUUGAAGUGUCAUCCAUUACUAAAGAAGAAAUUUUUGCUAUACUCAGCAGAAACAGAUGUACUAAAAUCUGGAGGCCACCGCCUUAUGGAAAGACACAUUUAACCAUGUCGUGUAUAUAUGCACGCAAUUUUCCUGCAGAUAUCAGGAAACAAGAGGUGAGGGAUUUUUUCAUGCGCUUUAACAUCUGUGAAAGUUCAAUCGUACUGCUUGUGGACAGCCAGGGCAAUGGUGUUGGGGAAGCCAUCGUGCAGUUUGGAUGUGAGGAAAUCGCUAGACAAGCCCAGAGUCUUCAUGGCAAGCAUUUUAUGGGAGCAAAAAUUCUUCUCACUUGCAUCACACGUCAACAGAUGGAGAAGAUACUUGGCACAUGUUGAACAACUGGAGAUGUGAGAUGUUUUCAGCAACUUCAGACACCAGCGGUGGUGUAAAAUCCAUGUAAAUGAGGACAAUUAAUUCAUUUGAAGAUUUAGAACAAGCUUUCUUAUGCCACAUGCUGUAAUAAUCUAUGCAUAAAGACAUUUGGCAAGCAGUAUUAUGGGGACAACAAUUGAAGAUGCCCAAUCAAGAUUUUGAGUACCACAGGGAAGGAGCAUUUACUAAAAUAAAAAAGACCUCAAUAUUUUUCAUACAAUGGUUGCCAAACUAUUAAGGACUACUCCAAGUGAAUAAAUAAUGUCUGUAUACUUGCACAUUUAAAACUUUUGCACUUGUUGCUUUUUUUCCAUCAAUUGUUGCUGCUGAGCACAGAGCUUACUGGCUUCAAUUAAAAACAGAUAUCACAGAUCUUGUCUUGCAUAUUAAAAUUUAAUUUUUGAGUUAUUCAGUUAGACUGUAUAUAUUUUAAGUUUAUCAGAAUUAAUGAUAUAAAAUAAAGAUAUUCAGAAUGUUUUCUGGCCAUGUCUGUAUGGUAGCCAGUAUUUUGAUUUGGCAUUUCUAUAUACAUUCCUAUUUCUAAAACAAAAACAACCACUUUGAGUUGUUUCUGAUGUCUUCGUGACUUGAUACGUUUGUUUUUCAUUUGAUGUUAUAUUGCAAUUAAACUUGUCACGUGCAAUUUCA